AUGAAGGCUUCUUGGGCUUUGGUUGUCGCCACGGCCGCUCUCUCGCCGGUCGCCGCGGAAUGUGCAGCUCCUUCGGACUCAGACUCUUCGUCCUCGACCCAGUCGCAAUGUCACUGCUUGCCCGGUGACAGCUGCUGGCCUUCGACGGAGACCUGGAACUCCCUGAACAGCACCGUUGGCGGUCGUUUGGUCGCCACUGUGCCUGUUGGUUCGCCAUGCCAUGAUCCCACCUAUGAUGAGGCCGCCUGCAAGACCUUGCAGGGUAACUGGCACCAUCCCCAAGUCCACCUCGACUCCUCCUCAUCGGUUAUGCAGACCUUCUUUGCCAACCAGAGCUGUGACCCCUUUACUGCGGAAUCUCACUCCUGCGAAUUGGGCAACUACGUGAGCUACGCGGUCGAUGUCUCUUCCAGCGACGAUGUGAUUGCUGCCAUCCAGUUCGCGCAGACGAACAACAUUCGCUUUGUCAUUCGCAACACUGGCCAUGAUUACUUUGGUCGCUCUACCGGUGCCGGUGCCCUCUCCGUCUGGAUGCAUCACCUGCAUGACAUUGAAUACCAGGACUGGUCUGACUCUAACUACGAGGGCCCUUCUUUCAAGGUCGCUGCCGGAACUAUGGGAUACCAAAUCCUCGACGCCGCCUCCGAGAAGAACCUUGUCGUCGUCACUGGCGAGUGCCCCACGGUCGGUGUCGCCGGUGGUUUCAUCCAGGGUGGUGGCCACUCCGCGCUCAGCACUACCUUCGGUCUCGGUGCUGAUCAGACGCUCGAAUUCGAAGUUGUCACUGCCGAUGGAAAGCUCGUGACUGCCAACCGCUCUCAGAACUCCGAUCUCUUCUGGGCUCUCAGCGGUGGUGGUGCCGGUAACUACGGUGUUGUUAUGUCCGUCACCGUCAAGGCUCACCCCGACGUUAAGGUCUCCGGCGCUGGCGUCCAGUUCGCCGCCACUGGAAUUUCUUCCGAGACCUUCGACCAGGCCGUCUCCAAGUUCCACUCGCUCCUGCCUCAGAUGAUUGACCAGGGUGUCACCGUCAUCUACCAGAUGACCUCCGCCUUCUUCGCCAUCAACCCCGUCACCGGCUACAACAAGACUACCGACGAGAUCCAGUCCAUCCUGCAGCCCUUCCUGGACGAGCUCUCCGACCUCGGCAUCAAAUACAAGACCAGCUGGACCGAGUACGAGUCGUACCACGACCACUACAACAAGUACAUGGGCCCCCUCCCCUGGGGUAACCUCGAAGUCGCGACCUACCAGUACGGCGGCCGUCUCGUGCCUCGCAACGCUCUGGACAGCAACCCGUCCGGCAUCGGCAGCGCCCUGCGCAACCUUACCCAGCAGGGAGUGAUUGCCGUUGGCGUUGGUCUCAACGUCUCUUCCCCCGGCGACGUUUCCAACGCUGUCUUCCCCGAAUGGCGCCGCGCCGCCGUCACCGUUCAGUUCGGCACCAGCUGGAACGAAACCGCCCCCUGGGCCGAUAUGAUUGCUGACCAGGACCGCAUCACCAACGAAUACGUGCCCCAGCUCGAGGCCGUGACUCCCGGCGGCGGCACCUACCAGAAUGAGGCCAACUUCCGUCAGCCCAACUGGCAGGAGACUUUCUUCGGCGACAACUACUCCCCGUUGCUCGAGGUCAAGCAGAAGUAUGACCCCGAGAACUUCUUCUACGUGCUGAAGGGCGUGGGAAGCGAGGCGUGGACCGUUGCCGAGAACGGCCGUAUGUGCCGCAGCGGUAACUAG